AUGGAGUUGGUCGCGAGUAAAGGCCCGUGGAUAGUCACGAGGUCUGAAGGCGAGGAUACUGAGAUAAGAGUUCAUUCUUACGAAGGCGAUUUGCUGGCUGUCUUAGACACCAAACAAAUUCGAAACUUUCAACUCUCCGUCAGCGACGACGGAUGUUUAUUUGGUUGUGCUGCUUGGAGCCCUGGAGUUAAAAUAUAUAAUGUGAAGGAAAAAGGCGGAAACUUUCAAAAGGUAGAGAAAGCCCUUGACGUACCCACAUCCAGCGGCUCUAUUGCUUUUUGUAUUUCUCCUGACCAAAGACGAGCAGCGGUUUUAAACAAAAACAAUAAUCUGUCUACGUGGCGUCUAGACGUCCGUCAUCAGGCUGGUGAGGACACGAAGAUGGUUGCGGAGAAAGAUGUGCAUUUGUCGGAUCAGGGGGCGACAACUUUGCAUUACUCGCGAGACGGGUCUGUGAUUAUUGCUGCAUGCGGCUGUUCUCUGUACCUCUUCAAUGCGGAAGACCUGCAACUAAUCAGAAAAGGGCUCCGACCCGCAAUACUUCGGCUGCCUUUGGGCAAGUGA